UUCCAGCCAGUUUUAGAUCUGUGGCCGGCGCCCAUGAUGCGUAUCCAUGACACAACCCUGCUGCGCAUUGAAAAUAGGCGACCUCAACGCGGUGUGCUCCUUCGGUCCGUUGGCCAACGCCUGGUACGGCUACAACCCUGUGGCUGCCGAUGACUCCGCGAACGUCAGUCCGAGAAGCGAGGUCACGGUGGAUUCUUCGAGGCGACGAUCUUCUAUGGAUGAGGAGUUGCUGCCCUUUCCGCAGACCAGGGCACCCUGCUUCCCCAAGCGUCUCCAGACGGAUCCCUGUGGCGCCAGCGUUUCUGGACUCGGACGUUUCAAGCGGGAACCCGCCCUGGUUAGUGGCUUUCUCACGUCCUUUUGCGAAAUGGUGUGGCCGAAGUUGUCAGGCGCAGUGCAAAAGCUCAUGGACGAACGUGUCCAAGAGGCUCUCAAGGUUGCCAUUUUGAAGCUUCCAGAGUCCAUGCGAGGUGAAGUGCACUACAACAUCAGCUUCGGCGACUCUGCACCCAUCAUCAAGGAUGUCUACAGUUGGCGGAAGCACCCGUGCGUGAAGGAUGGCAUCGAGGUCUGCGGCAAGAUGCAUUGGGAUGCCAAGGUAGACAUGCAGUUGGCCAUUGGUCCUCUAAACUUUGGCAUCGAUCGAAUUCUCAUCGAUGGCGUGGGCUGCAUCAUCUUUCGGCCGCUCAUGGACCAGGCCCCCAUCCUGGGUGGUUUCCACCUCUUCUACUGCAGCCCUCCGAAGCUGCGCGUGGGGUUGACGGGUUUGGGCGGCAUCACCAGGUGGGCUGCCGUGGAUGACAAGGUCAGCGAAAUCAUGGCAGAAGCCUUCAAGAUGGUAAUGGUCUUGCCUCAACGCAUGACACAACGUUGCUGGGCCGUCAUGGCUCUGGGGCUGCGGGUUGACCAUGCAGAGGAUCGCUCGUGCUUUGCCAACACCAAAAUCGAAGAUAUGCCGGACUUCCGCUGCCCACCGCCUGUGGGCGUGCUACAGGUGAAGGUCCUCGGUGCCCGAAAUCUGCCGGGCGUAGACUUGGGCUUUGGCGGACGUACCAGCGACCCGUAUUGCACUGUGACUGUGGGAGGUCGCACCCUUCGGACCUCUUCAUGUUCCAGGACUCUGAAACCCGAUUGGAGCCAGGAUCCGGCCCUGGUCUUUCUGGUGUACCACGAACGUCAGGAUUUGAAGCUUCAGAUCUUCGAUGAAAAUGUCUUGAGACAGGACAUCCAACUGGCCGAGCUGCCGCGCCGCAUCCGCAGCGUGGCGGACCUGGCGGCCAAAUGUGGCGAGGCGCGCUGGUUGGAGCUGGCGACCAACGACUGCGGCCACGGCGGCCACGGCGAAGCUGAGGGAAGUGCUGUACAUCUGUGUGCCAUUUUCUGCGACCUGGCACCCGACCAGUCCGUCGGGAAAGCCCCGCAAACCAGCGGCACGUACGUCUUGGCGUUGAAGUUGUUCCACCUUCGCAAGGUGGCACCAGGUGAUGCCCUGGGCACCAAAAUUCGCCUGAGGAUGGGAGACCUUGAGAUCGUCUCUCGGCCCUGCAAAGCCAUCGACCCCGGCAACGUGCACGGCUUCGGCAAGAGGAUGUCGACGCAGAUCAGCCAGCUUCUGCAGAAAGGGGUGGACGUGACGACGGUGGCGGAGGCCUUUCAUUUGGAUCCCGAGGUUGUGGAGGAAGUGCACCGCGUGCAGGCGAAGGAGCACAGUUGGUUUGGCUGGGACGAGGCACAUUACCAGCUGCUGCCCACAGAUGACAUGGUCCAAUUGGAGGUACAGCUGGGCAGUAGCAGCAAUUCCAGCUGGUCCACGACAUCCUCAUGGCUUCCCUUGUUCUUCGAAGCUCAACACCUUGACCAAGUGCUGCAACGCUGCAGGGAAGCCAAGAGUGGACACCUGCAGCUACAGAAGCUCGGACUGAUGCGGGAAUACCGCCAGAGGGUGUUGUUUGCCUUCAACAACCUGGAGGGCGAUGGCAAAGAUGAAGCAGAAGAAGCCCGAGACCUGGCAAAGAAGAAACAAAGGUUUGGCAAGAGAUUGCUGGACGCCUUGCAUGGUGAGGCCUACAAAGCCUGCGAGGACUUGAUGGCCGACCACGAGAAGCUGAGAGAGCCAGAGGGGUACAAACACAUCUUUGCAGCGCUCCAGACGAUCGAGAAGGUCAACAUCGUCAAGCGCACCGAAGCCUUCGACAAGUUCUUUGACUCUUCUCAGCGGAAGAGGGGACAGCCGGUGGACACCUACAUCCGGCAAAGGAAGCAACAAUGGUCCGAGUUGCAGGAUGUGGCAGAGAACGUGCAGAUGUCUGAGGAUCUUCGAGCCUACUUCCUGCUGAAGCACGUGGGCAUCACCAGAGAAGAUCGACGGACGGUUCUCCUGGCCAACCAGAGCAACUACACCAUGGAGGGGAUCGAGAAAGCCCUGCGGACAAGCUUCUACGACCUUCAUGAGAAAGAACGUCAACGAGAUCAAUCUGGGUUGUCGAAGAGCUGGGGUCGCAAAGGCGCUGGCCGUGGCAUGCGCUCCUAUGCUGCCGCAACUUCGGAUGACACUUCGUCAUGGGCUGCCAUUUCCGAGGAAGUGGAUGAGGACGCCUUUGAAGAGAUUGCAACAGAGGAGGCCUAUGCCGUGGAGAGCAAUGCUGAUGGCGCGCUGGAGACUGAGAAUGCAGAGGUUUCCGACUAUGGUGCAUCCGAGGAUGACGAGAUCUUCCAGGCCUACUCCACCUACAAGGACAGCCGCAAGAAGCUCAAGGACAUUCAGAAGUCCAGAGGCUACUUCAAGAACGAUGGCAAGUACCAGAACAAUGCUGCUCGAGAUCAGGCCAAGCAGGCCGAGAAAGCCAGAAGCCGAUGCGCUGCCUGUCAUCGGUUGGGUCAUUGGGCUGGUGAUGCAGAAUGUCCAGCCGCAACACGGAGUGGACCCAAGAAGGUUUUCAAGGGUGGCAAGAACAAAGGAUCUGGGAAAGGCCGUGCUGGCAAGGCCUACAUGGUGGGUGAGUCGCCAACCUUUUUCAGCUUGGGCGAUGACCUGGAGGAGGAAGAGGCCUACUGCGACAUGGUCUUCGACGAUGGGGAUAGCAACAUCAAUGACAUGCAGCAGGACUCUGGAUUCACAGAGACAGACCUUCGGCGCAAGACCAAUCAGACUGGUCGCACCACUGAGUCAGGCACUUCUGGCUCAACUCCAUGGGUGAACCCUGAGGAAUCGCCAAUGGUUCCCAUUCCAGUUCAGGACUUGCGGGUCUACUAUGUCAAUGACUUGGAAGAUGCCUGCCCCAAGUACCUGAAGGAGGACAAGCUGACGCUUAGAGAGCUUCAAGCUUUGUGCGACAAGUGGGAGGUCAAGGUCUCUGGAACCAAGGAGGAAGUGAGAGAUCGUUUGGUCCGCUUCUUUGCUGGCCAAGCCGUCGUGCAGAAGGGUUACUCCAAGCUCUACGUGCAACUGCGGGAGAGGGAGCUACCAAGUUCCCGGGAUAUGCCUUUGGCGCCUCGUCCCAACUACAAAGCGCCACCAACAGCUUUGGCAAAGGCAAAGGCAAAGGCAUCAACAUCGACCGCAUCCUCUACACCAACUUCUGGUCGUGGAUAUGCAGCUGGAGCCAAAGAUCGAGGCAAAGCAGUCACUGAGAUGAUGAUGGGAAAUGAGGACUGCCGUUUCUUUCGGCCCACUGCAGAGCACUUGGAGGAGACACCCAAGAAGGAUCCAAAGACUGGCAUUGCAGUUCCCGACGAGCUCGAGGUUGGAAAGCCACAUGCCGCAAUUGUUUGCGCUUUCUGUGGCCGCCCUAUGGUGCUUCGUCGUCACUGGUCGGACUCAAGCCUUUACUUUGAAUGCUCCGAUCCGAACUGCAAGCACUUCACCAACUACAAGGAUGGACUCGAGCUGCUGCGGGCCUCAAAGCCUGCCAAGUCCGAGAAGUGA